AUGUUCGGUCCAUUCCGCCUCACAAACCCGCUAUCGGGCGGUCUAUUAUGGAAGAUACCAUGGCGGCUAUCCAGACAUCAGAAGUACAGGCAGCGCGAGCGCCUACGGCACGUUGACACUGUGGUCGGCACAAUCGAUACCGCACUACGACGCAUGGGACAAAGCAUGAAGAAGGUGGAGCGCUGGAAGAUGGAGAUGCCAACCGAGGCGGAGAUGCUGCCCAAGGACAAAUACACCGUCUUUGACCGUAAGGUGAAGAGGUAUCGAAAGGGAAUACACAAGGUGCCAAAGUGGACAAGAGUACUGGAACUGCUCAAAGCCAAUACCAUCACGGUCGAGACUUAUGCACAAUCUCUCCUUGACCGCAUCCGUGACCGCGACGAUGUAGUGAAGGCAUGGGCACACCUCGUAACAAAUUCCGGACCUCCGACCACCAAUCCCCACGACCCAUCUCGAACCCCAGGCGGCUCCUCAUGCGGGUCCGCCGCCGCAGUAGCCGAUAUGCAGAUUCCACUUGCCCUAGGCGUCCAGACAGGCGGAAGCGUCAUCCGACCAGCAGCCUACUGUGGAACAUUCGCUAUGAAACCCACGCAUAACGCCAUCUCAACCUCGCGGCAAAAGAUCGUUUCUUCUACAUUCGAUACCAUCGGCUUCUUCGCUCGCAGUAUAGCGGAUCUGCAGUUACUGGCAGAUGUCUUUUCACUCGCUGACGACCAGCGCCCAGGAAAGGUAUGCUUGGGAGAUAUCGCAGUCGCUCUUGUCAAAACACCCAUGUGGUCAUAUGCCGGACCUGGUACUAUAAACGCCAUGCAUAAAACAGCCGCGAUACUGCAGAACCACGGCAUACAGGUCGAAGAAGUGUCAGUACCGGAUGACUUUGGCGAUGCAGACACUCUAACGCGCUUACAAAACGCAAUCAUAGAUGCUGAGACCGCACUCGCUUUCUACGAAGAAUACUGUUCGCACAAGAGUGAUUUGGACCUCUCGAUUCGGAACCUAGCAGAAAACCACUCUAAACACGCUGAUGCGGAAAAGAAAAGAAGAGAAGCUCUGGAAAAAUACACGCAUCUGCGUACGCAAUUCGACACGAUAGCAGCCAAGUACUCUGUCAUCAUCGCGCCAAGCGCUAUAGAUGAGGCGCCGGUGGGGCUUAACGAUAUGGGGAGUCCGGUGUUUAAUACGCUGUGGACGACCAAUGGACAGAAGAUCAAGUUCACAGGGCAAUAG